CGGCCGCCAUAUUGCGCGACGGUUAUUUUGAUUCGUAUGUGUCGGAAACGAGAGAGAGAGAGAGAGAGAGAAAAGAGAGAGAGAGAGUGAGAGAGUAAACCCGAGAGAGAGGAGUACAGGAGGAGAAGAGGAAGAGGAAGAGUUCAAACAACUCCAGAGGAAACUAAAACAGCUGAAGGUAUUAAUAUUACUAACAGUAAGACAGGACUCGGUCAGCGGGUGUGUGUGUGUGUGUGUGUGUGAGACUGUAAGCGGGGGACAGACUCGGUGUCCCCCCCCCUCCCUCUCUACAGCACCACCACCACCACCACCUCCUCCUCCUCCUCCUGCUGCACCCCCCGGACUGUGGAGUGAAGUCCCGCCGUGCUCCGCGCUCUCAGGCCCGGCUCCGAGUUCCUCCUCCUCCCGGCCCUGACACUCAGCCCCGGGGCUGGGACCCUACACGAGCCUCGGUGUCCGGAGCGGAGCGGAAGGCGGCCCGGGGAGCGGCGGCGGCGGCGGCAGCGGCGGCAGAGGAGCGCGCUGACACGAACAAAAGAUGCUGUGAUCGAGCGGGUGUGUGUGCAUGAGUGUGUGCGCGCAGAGGUCCACCCCGCUCCGUCCUGCCAGUCCCCGAAUGGCACAAGGAAAUCAGCAGAUUGACACUAAAGUUCUGCAGCAGCUCCUUCAGAAGUUCCCAGAAGUGCCGGAGGGCGUGGUCUCUCAGUGUGUCGUACAGAAUAAGAACAAUUUAGCAGCGUGCUGCGAGUACCUGUCCCAGGUGAGUCCCGGCUUCCUGUACAGCGAGGGCAACCCGAGCGCGGCGGACCUGCGCAAUCACAUGACCCAGCUCAACGUGGGCGUGUCUCAGAAUACCCAUGGUGCCGUGCAGCGCGAGCCAGUGAGGAUGAACGGCAGCAGGACUCUCUCGCACAGCCUGAGCGACGGGCCCGUCAACGGUCCCCCGACUCCGGCAUCUGACUUCUACCAGGCGGAGUCUCAGUCACACGCGCACGCUCACACACCCUCCGCCUUCUGCGUGAUGGAGCGCUCGCGGAAACCGCAGCCGCCGCAGCACCUCGGCCUCUACCAGCUCGGGGUCAAGGGUCAGGGCUCGGCCACGCCCCUUCCCGCCACGCCCCGUUUUAAUCCCAUCACGGUGACGCUGGCGCCCAACGCCGGCCGAAACACGCCCACCUCGCUGCACAUCCACGGCGGGCCCCAGGCCGGCCCCAACAGCCCCAACUCUAUCUACAUCCGGCCCUACGUCACCCAGAUCUCGCACCCCGGCGGCCCGCACCACCAGACCUCACACGUUUACAUGCCUAUCAGCUCCCCCACCAACCCGCAGCCCCCGUCGGCCUUCCAGGCGCCGUCCGCCGCGUCCGCUCAGGCCCCGUCCUCGUCCUCCCUUCCGUCCUCGUCCUCAUCUCUGCCUUCAUCUUUACCGGCGCCCCCCUCGCUCGCGUCCUCUUUCAGCCAGUUCAACAUCCAGAACAUCUCCACGGGGCCCAGAAAGAACCAGAUCGAGAUCAAGCUCGAAUCCCCGCAGAGGGUGGGAGGAGCCGCUGCCGCCAACGUCGCCGGGGCCACGGCGACGCUGAUGUGUUCCGCCUCCGCCCCUCGACCGGGUCCGGCUUCAGGGUCGUCGUCCUGCCUGUCGCCCGCUUCCUCUUCCUCCACUCCGCUCUCCAUCGAGGGGGCGGGGCUUGGCCGAAGCCAGCCCGCCGUCUUCAUAGCCGCCUCUCCUCCCGCCGGCGCCACCGCCACCAACGCGACGACGCCGUCAGACGAGGUCGCGACGGUCCCUCCCCCCAGUCGCUCCCAGCCCAAGUUCUACAUCUCGGCCAACGCUUCCUCGGACGAAAGCGGCGCACGGAACCCGCCCACCGUCUACAUCUCCGCCAACCCCGCCCUGCCUGGCGUCGCUGCCGGCCGGAGCCUGGGCGGUCAAGUCAGCAUGGGGCCCGCCUACAUCCAUCAUCACCCGCCCAAAUCCCGCAGCUCGGUGGGUCCGGGAGGCAUCGCCACGUCGCCCCGCGUGGUCGUCACGCAGCCGAACACAAAGUACACCUUCAAGAUCACGGUGUCACCAAACAAGCCUCCGGCCGUGUCCCCCGGGGUGGUGUCGCCCACCUUCGAGCCCACCAACAUGCUCAGCGUGCCUGCCGAUCAGCACUUCUCCGAGACCGAGGCCAUCAGCCUGCCCGAGCCGCUCUCGCCUAACCGUGACCUGAGGGCCUCCGAGAGCCGCCGGCCCAGCAUGGGCUCCGAUGACGCCGCGUACACGCAGGCCUUGUUGGUGCAUCAAAAGGCGCGUAUGGAACGUCUGUGCCACGAGCUCAAGCUGAAAAAGAAGAACCUGGAGAAACUGAAAGAGGAGGUGAACGAGAUGGAGAACGACCUUACGAGGAGACGACUGCAGAGGUCCAACUCUGUCUCUCAGAUACCCUCUCUUGAUGAGAUGCAGCAGCUGAGGUGUAAGAACAGGUUACUGCAGAUCGACAUUGACUGUUUAACUAAAGAGAUCGACCUCCUGCAGGCGCGUGGGCCGCACUUCAAUCCCAGUGCGAUCCAUAACUUUUAUGACAACAUCGGCUUCCUCGGUCCCGUCGCCCCGAAACCCAAAGGUACUCCGGCAGCAGGCUCGGAUCACUGGGGCUCUGUGGACAGGAGAGGACGCCGAAUAAACGUCAGCUCCAAGCUGAAGAGAGACCCGUCUCUCCCUCCUGUUCCUCCCUGUCUCCCUGCUCCUGUGGAGUCGGGCAGUAAGAAUAUGAAGACGGUGUCUGAGGCUGAAGAUGACGACGGGGUUCAGUGGGGCUGCACGGCCUGCACCUUCCUCAACCAUCCCGCCCUCAACCGCUGUGAACAGUGUGAAUUUCCACGGCAUUUCUGAGCCCCAGUACACACACACACACACACACACACACACACACACACACACACACUUUUACACAUCAGCUAGGCUUUGUUACAGAAAUACGUUAUGAUCCAUUUGUGUGUGUGUGUGUGUAGGUGUGCAUGUGUGGGUCUCUCUUCUUCUUCUUCUUCUCUCUCUCUCUCUCUCUCUCUCUCUCUCUCUCUCUCCCUGUCUCUUGCUCAGUAUCUCUCGCUCACUGUCUCACACUUAGUCUCCCUUGUUGUCUCAUAUUUUAUUCACCAUUUGUCUCUCUUGCUGUCUUUCUCAAAUUGUCUGUCUCUCUUGCUUACUGUCACCCUCUUGUCUCUCUCAGUUGUUCUCUCUCCGUCUCUCUCGCUCUCUCUCUCUCGGGGGUGUGUGUCAUGCUGCCCACUGAAGACUGGAUAAUUUUUACAGCUUUUUCUUCGUUUCUGUCCGUCGAGCCAGACUGACUGAGUGUGUGUGUUUAUGUGUGUGUGUGUGUGUGUGUGUGUGUGUGUGUGUGUGUGUACGUAUGUGUUUUCACUGAUUCCAUACCAAAUCUCAGUCCAGCCCGAAACAGUAUUAUAAAAGCAUGUGAGCAUAUACAAACACACAAUAAGACACACACACACACACACGCACGACGACACGUGCCAACGUGCCUUCCGGACGGGAACGACCUUCGAGAGCCUCCUCCUCCUCCUCUUUCUCUUUUUUUCACCUUUUACGGACUCCCUUUUUUUUUUCUCCACUUCGCUCUCGCCCCAGAGGAUCAUGGGAAACCGUUUCUCUUCCAGCGUUUUCGCUCAUGGAGAAGAAGAAGAAGAGAAACUAAACGUAGCAGACGAAUACGAAUACGACUUCAAACCUAACCUGCAUGCUUUAGAUGUACAGUUUACAGCCGGAGACUCCGCCCACUUAAGCUUUUCCUGUACAUAGUGUUAGAACCCGCUUUAGAAGGCUAAUUUUGUUUGUCCCUCCCCUCUCUCUCUCUCUCUCUCUCUCUCUUUCUCUCUCUUUCUUUUUCUCUCUCUUUAUCUCCUCACGUGUAUUUUCUGUAAUUAUAGCUCCAUAGACUUCAUUUACUUCUAUGUGUCGGGUGUUUUCUUUUUUGUUUCGUUUUGUUUUUAUCUUUCCUCUGAAAAACAGAUGAGUACGUUUUAUUUUGUUGUUUGUUUGUUUUUUCCCCCUCAUUCGCGAGUCCAGCGUGAGCAGCGACACGCUUUUCUACUUUUUUUUCUUUGUUUGUUUGUUGGUUGGUUUGUUUGUUUUCUCCAGUGUACGGGCUGCAGACGCAGCAAAAUAAAAAACAAAAAAGGUCAAGAAUGAUGGAGCGUCACUAGUAAUCACUACCCCCGCCCUCCACGCUAAGGACAGGUCAAAGGUCACCGUACGGUCCCCGAAGACUUUUACACGGACCUCUGUUUUAUCUGCCAACUGGAAUGUAGGUUUCAUAAACAAUUUUUUUUUAUUUUUAAUUUUUGAAAAGGGGGAUCCUCACGCUAGUAGAGGACGAGAGGACGCGUCCACGCCUCGGCUGAACCUCGUCGGUUCGAGAGCAAAGACUUCUGGGACGUUUGGUUUCGGUUUGUCCGCGUAUUCACCGAAACCAAAUUCUUUUUUUUUUUAUUAUUAUUAUCAUCGUUUCCUUCUUCAGAGACUUCAGAGAGAGAUAAGGUGAAAAAAAUAAAGAGGUUGAGGAUUCAGUUCCAAGCCAAAGCUAUCACCACGUGCCUUCAGCCGCUGAACAGCCGGACAUGCCCUGCCUUUAAGAGUGAAGCAGACACUGCCUCGUUCUUUUGUUUUUGUUUUGUUUUUGUUCCGUUCCUUUGUGGAUUUGAUUACACCACUCCCCUUUUACACCUGGCCUUAAUGAUGUUUUUAAAUGUUUAUUCACUUUUUAUCUUCCCCCCUCCACCCAUUGAAAGAUAUAAAAAUGAUUUCGGGAAGAUGUCAAGAAGUGUUCUUUUAUUUCUGGUUUUCACAUCGUGCUGCCUCACUUUUUUUUUUUUUUUCUUUUUUUUUUUCGGCCUUGUUAAAGUUUUCCCUGGUUAUUACGUAAUAAUAAUUAUUGUUAUUAUUUUAAUUUUUAAUCUCAAAUCUAUGCUAAAAGUGGUUUUAGUUUUGUUUUUAUUUUCUCUUUUUUUUUUUUGUUUCAGAGCUGUGAUUUUUAUGUUUAAGGAUUUAAAUCAUGGAGGAAAAAAGAAAAUACAGAAGAAGAAAUGAUUUGGAUAUCUAAAGUGAUUUUUAAUUUUUAGCUGGGAAAACUGUCUUUGUAACAGAUAAGUUAUUUGUAAAAAUAAACAAAAAAAAAAAAAAAUCCUGAUCCCUGUUGUGACUUUGCCGCGCUGGAACGAGAGUGAGUGCGUGUCGGGUGCACGAUUCUCACCACUAGGUGUCAGUGC